AUGUCUCUGCUUCUACUCCUAAUAGCUAUCUUUCUCAACCAAGCUUCUUUAAACCAAGCUUAUGACGACUUUGGUCCAAUCCCUGCUCCUGCGCCAGCACCGAGAGCCAGCGCAACUAUUUUUUCUUUCCCCUCAUUCGACAGUGAAAGUUGCUACACUGGCAAACUGAUUUGCACCGGUACAGUUACCGCUGGUAAUGGCCACUUAAGUCUUACUCCCGAGCCACAACCAAAUGUUCGAAACUUCCAGAUUGGGAGGGUUCUAUACAAACACCCUGUGCGUGCAUGGCCGGCAAUUAUCUCUACCACCUUCACGUUUAGAAUAAAGACCUUCCUCGGUUCACCGGGUAAUGGAGACGGAAUGGCAUUUGUUAUGGCUCCAGAUGACCGUCCCUCGCCUGAUGACAGCUUUGGCUCCUAUCUUGGACUCAUGGAACGACAGCCUGAAGUUAGACUGGCUCGUCGUCAACUAGCGGUGGAGUUUGAUACUUACAAGAAUGAUUUUGACGCUGACGGGAAUCACUUUGCUGUUGACACAACAAGUGUAAAACAUGAUACACAGCCGAUUAUACUUAGGAGUCUUAACGAUACUAGCAUAGACCUCAAAAGUGGAACAGAUAUCAAGGUUCGAAUUGAUUAUAAUGGUUGGACGAAAUUGCUCCAAAUUUCUAUAGGGUAUGCAUCAGAAUCACUAGUGGAGUUUCCUCCCUACUCUAUUGACAUCUCAACCAUAGUUCCGCAGUAUAUUUACGUGGGCUUUGCAGCCUCCACAGGGGCUUUCACUGAGAGCCAUCAACUUCUCAAUUGGGACUUCAUAUCAUCUACACAGUGA